CAGGAAGAAGCUGGGAUCCUGAGGCUGCGCAGUCCUGGGGAUUUUUCCCCUUACCUCAGUCACACUGUUUACGGGAAAAAAAGUGACGAAACAAGUAGAGGAGGAAAACCCGUUCUUCCCAAACAACAGCUGCAGCAUCUGCUCAGCGGCAUGGACAGCCAGGAGGUGGGAGCUUUGCUGGAGGACUGCCUCAGGGCAGCAAAUGCUAAGGCAAAGGCAAAGCAGCCCUCUCCGCCAAGUGGGGAGGCCGGUCUGAGCUUCUGCAGAUACAGAGACUCGCUGUGUGCAGAGCUGGCCUCUCUCCUCCACGAGGCCGUGGAGAUGAAGUGGCCCUUUGUGCCCGAGAAGUGGCAGUAUAAACAGGCAGUCAGCACAAAAGACAAGACCAACCUCACCGACCUCAUCAGCCAGCAUCUACACCAGCUACUGGCUCUGCUGAAGGCAGCCAUCAUGGCUCAGGAGGCCCGCUGGGCGCUGGCUGUGGUCUUCUUAGUGGACCGUUUCCUCUACUGGACAGACGACUCCAGCCGGCUGCUGAAGAUCACCAAGCUACUCCACAGAUGCCACCCUGAUGCCCCCGUGGCCCCGCAGCUGGUCAUACGGCAGGCCAGAGUCUACCUUAAUGCAGGCAAAUUACAGAAGGCUGAAUACAUACUGAGUAGUCUGAUUAACAAUAGUGGGGCCACAGGUUGUUGGGUGUACCACUCUGAGAGCGACAGGGCUCUUGUGCAGGCUGUCAGUGUUCAAGUACGUGGAUUGGUUUUGCAAAAGCUUGGCCUGUGGCUGGAGGCUGCAGAGCUAAUCUGGGCUUCUCUGGUUGGCUACUAUGCACUCCCCCAACCUGAUAAAAAGGGCAUUGGAAUGUCUCUUGGCAUACUAGCCAACUUAUUGGUAUCCAUGAACGAUGAAGACUAUCAUGCUUUCAGGACUAAUCCAGAUGUCGACUUAUCUGCACUUGGAGACCGGAGUCAUCGUCUCCUCUCAGCAGCUGAGGCAGCUAAGAUGGCAGUGGUCUACAGUCAAUACACUUCACUUUUUGUGUUGACUCAUGUGGCAACACAGGGGACCUGCUUGUUAUCUUACAGUUUCUCAGCAGAGUGCCCGUCCUCUGAGAGAGACUCCUACCUCCUGCAGGCUAAAGAGGCAUUUGAAGUUGGCCUGCUCACCAAAACAGAGGGCGAACUGGUUACCAGCAAACAGGAGCUACAUACCUUUCUCAAGGCUGCCUAUUCCCUGACAGUUACUCAUAAGUGGCUGGGCACCUCCUCUGAAGUUUUGACACAGGCAACCCAAGCUUGCCAAAAAGCUCUAGCCCUUUUCUACGACUACUGCCAUGCUGCUAGCCAAGAAAGAGACAGCCUAUGCGCUGACAUCAUGCAUCUUGUAGUCCAAGUCAAGCUUCUUUUGCAGGUGGAACCAUUCCCCAGUUCUGACAGGGGCUCUUUUAUCCCCGAUAGCUACAGAAACAUUAAAGACAGACCUGUGAAUUUCACUCUUGCUGGUUUUGCUCGGGUGAUGGGGAGAUUCCAGAAGUAUCAUGCGUCACUAUGUGAGGCCACAGACGUGGACUGUAACAGGAGGAAUGACACAAUCGAUGGAGCACGGUUAUGUAUAACUGCACUGGGGACUACCAUUGGUACACUUAAUACAGAGUGUACUACUCAAAACUACAAAGUGCAGAGGGGAGAGCAGCCUCAACAGAAAGCUUUGCAGCCACCUCAAAAGGUGGAGCUGUCUACCACUCAAGGAAGCACUGAUGACCUUGGCGCUUCGUGGCAGAACUUUUCUUUGAGUGGUUCAGGGUCUCCUCACCCUGGCACCAGUGGGUACACAGGGAGCAAUGCCAAUGUGCGUAAAGCAAAUGUGGACAAUCAGAGCCUUCCGACAACAGAAGUUGACGAUGAUAGUAUGCUAGAAUUCACAGAGAAAAACAAGAAGCAAGACAAACCUGGUCAUAAAAGUAGUGCCAAUUCCCAUGCAGUGCCUAGAUCCUUGGCACAUGUUUCUUCCUCCUGCAACACAGGAAGUGAUUCAGAGAAAUUUGAAGUGAUAGAGGCUGCACAAGAGACAGUGGGCAGUGAGGAAGAUUGGAUCCCUGAUGUUGUCGAUGGGUCGUUGAAACCAACAGGAACUUCAGGAGCGGCCCAGUCUUUGUCCCAACUUACUCUUAGAACAUCCUCCAGCUCGCUCAAUGACAGUUUCAGCUCCCGGUCAUCAUGGGAGAAAAUCUCAUCUUACACAUGCUCCCCCGCUAACAACAACCCUAACCCAGCUGGCCAGUCAAAACCAAUCGGCCUAAGCAGUAAGUCAACAGAGUCAGAUGAGAGUUUUUACCUCAUUGAGACGCCUGAUUCUGAAGCCAGUGAUUCAACCAAUGAUCCUAAACACCAAAGUGCCACAUCUGGAAGGGAAUUGAGAGCAACAUCCAACCCUCAGCCUCUGCAGAGCUUUGAUGUGGAUCCAAAUGCAGAGACUGAGAUGUGUUCAGUUCCUGGUCAUCCUGAACCUGCUGCCAAGAACCCUAACGAAACCCCACAGCCAAACAUUGAACUAUCUGUCCCAGAGCAGUGCGCCUCCACUGAAAUCUCUCCAGAUAGUUCAUUUGAGAUGUUGGAAGCAAAAGAGAUUCAACACCCACAUGACAAACUCACCUCAACUGAAAAAGUGAAUUCCGCUCCCAAAAAGAACCCCUCGUGCUACAGCUGCCUUAAGCACAACAUCGCCAUUAGUGUCGUUCCUGAGUCCAAGUAUCUUUUGACACAGCAGGACUACCAUGCCCUCUUGGCAGGGGUUUGCCAUGAAUGUCUGCUGAAGAGGUUGCAGAGUGACAAAACAAAAUUCAAACUCAAGAAACAUAGAACCGCCUACAGUGGUCUCCAUUUGAAGUUCUCCAGGGCCACAGGCCUGUGGACAGCCAGGGAGACCUGUCUUUAUGUUGGCGAUGAAAUGGGGGAGGAGGGCAAACAACGAAGAGCAAUAUGGGUCCAGUUUCUACAUCAGGAGGAGAGGCUAAGCAAUUAUGUGGGGAAGGACUACUUGGAACCGAAAGAGAUCCAGUUCCACUUCAAAGAUGUGGAGAGACAAAUGACAGCCCAGUACUAUGUGACUGAAUUCAACAAGAGUCUUUACGACAAGGAAAUCAUGGCUCAGAUCUUCUUCAUUCCCUCUGAGGCACUACUGAUCUUGAGCGGGGAUGAGAUCGUGGGCUGCAUAACAGUGGAACCCUACAUGCUUGGAGACUUCGUCAAACUCACCAACAACACUGUAAAGAAGGACAUGAGAUUCCAGGCCACAGAGUACGGCAUUGCUUUUGGACAUUUCACCUACCUGUUCUCCGACUGCCAAGAGGUUGUUGUGGACCUCCAAGGAUGGGUGACAGCCAACGGCAAAGGCCUGACCUACCUGACUGACCCCCAGAUCCACUCUAGCAAGACUCCCAUGGGCCGCUCCAACUUUGCUGAAAGGGGCCUCAGGUGCUUCCUGGAGGAGCAACACGGACCAGAGUGCAAUGACAUCUGCAGGAAGCUCAAGCUGCGCUCGGUGGCUGGGCUACCACAUGUAGCGUGAUCUGACUUGGACUGUGAGAGUGUGUGCGUGUGUGGCACUGAUUAGCACGACUUGCUAAUCAACGAAAUCAGCUGCAUAUUGUCGGCUCUCCAACGUGGUGGUCCAUCCCUAAUGUGCUAUGAAAGAUAAUAUUCAAGCAUUCAUAUCACAUCUUUAUCUUCUGGACUUCUGUGAAGUUCCUUACCAAGCAAAUCCAUCACUGAAAUCUCUUACCACUUACUCUUUUAGAUCUUUAAUUUGACUGGGUCAAAAACAAUCUCUGUGAUUGAAUUUAAAAAAUAGAUAUCUUGAUUUUUUUUACUCAUACCUUACAGACAUUCUGUAUACUGAAAAAUGCCUUUACAAUUUCAGUUAAACUUAUUUGUUAUUCUAGACAUGAAUAUCUCUUAAUAAUGACUGAGAAUCUAAUUAGAUUAUAUGGAAAGUGAUCAAAAACUACAUUAAAAAAGAGCAGCCUUAUUAUAACAAUCACAUCUUCUUUGAAUAAUAAAGCAUAAGUACUCGUUCUUGUGCUUGUUAUUGUGCAAAAUAUUUUUGUCAUCUUUAACAAUGCCACAGACCUUGUGACUAGUCUGUGAUGGAACUGGUUUGGCAGAGUGGGAGUGCUGGAGCGAGACUGCAGUACCUGACACAACAGCACUCAGUGUGGAAUGUAAACCUGACUCUUUAACACUACAACUACCAAGGGUGUCACCUGGACUGUUUUUAAUUCUGCAGUGUAAUAACUUUGUUGAAAUAAAACCUAUGUAACUAUUGGACCCUAACUUUCCCUAAUUAUGUGUAUAUUUUAUUCUAACAUGUAAUUAUUUUAUUGAAAUUACAAAACACAAAAGAGUUCUGAUUAUUUUAUAUUGGUGAUGGUUUUAUAAGCUACUGUACCCUAAGAUUGAAAGAAGAAUGUUUUUUUAUUAAUUAUUUAAUUUCUUUAUUUUACAAAGAAAAUUACAGAAUAUUGAUCUAAAUGGAAUAUGUAUCUGGAAUUACAAAUGUAGGUUCUGUGGUUUUCAAUUA